GAUCUUGAACGCUACUACCAUCACCUCGAUAUGGCCCUCUCACGGCUGGCAGCCCUCAGAGCAGGCGCUCCUCCUAUCGCUGCAAGGCAUGCUUUUCGCUCUCUUGGCGCACAAGCACCUCGCCAUGCAUCCACCCAACCUCCUCCUACACCGACGAAUGUGGGCGCAACUCCUCCUGUAACACCACCAGUUGCACCUCCAGUCACCACUUCCCUUUCUCCCAGCUCGUCAUCAUCAUCGAAGAAGAGCAAGGGAAGCGGGCCUGUCGGAUCUCUAGUCUCAUUGACUCUCUUCCUCUUUGGUUCCACCUUCCUCGUCACCUACUACCUUGACUCACGCUCGGCAAUCCAUCGAUGGGUCGCAAUGCCUUUCCUCCACACCUUCCUCGACCCAGAGUCGGCACAGAAGCUGGCGAUUGAUCUGCUACAGAGCGGCAUCGCUCCCAGGGACUAUACAGGGGAUGAUGAGGCGCUUGAGUCGGAUCUAUUUGGAAUGCCCGUUGCGAACCCCAUUGGGCUGGCAGCAGGCUUCGACAAGCAGGCAGAGGCCAUCGAUGGGCUCUUCGAUCUAGGUUUCGGGCUCGUCGAGAUUGGAAGCGUCACUCCGGAACCACAGCCGGGCAACCCCCUCCCGCGAUACUUUCGUCUGCCAACCCACUCUGCCUCGAUUAAUCGAUUCGGUUUCAAUUCAGACGGCCACCUCGUCGUCCUAGAUCGCCUCCUCGCCCGCGUCAGGGACCACCUCGUCGCGCACCCUCACCUCAUCCCCAGCAACUUCCUCCCCGACCCACGCUCACCAGACGCAGACCCGCGCAUCUCACAACGCGACGUCCACGUAGCCGCUGCUGAGCGCAUCGCAAGCGAUCCAGAGCUGGUUGCGAGACUGCUCGACGCGCAUGGCAUGCCGCGAUCAUUGAGGAAGGGCAGAUUGUUGGGCGUCAACCUGGGAAAGAACAAGACGAGCGCAGAGGCAGACGCGACUGACUUUGUCAAGGGAGUCGAGACUUUUGGACCUCUGGCCGACUAUCUCGUCAUCAACGUCUCAUCGCCCAACACGCCUGGCUUGCGAAACCUGCAAAAGCGGGCCGCCCUCGAGUCCCUGCUCAGGCAGGUUGUCCAUGCCCGUGAUCAGCUUGCCUUCCGUCCUGUACCCACUCAACACGCAAAGGCAGACCCGCAAGCAGCACAGAGACGUGUCCCUCUGGUCCUCAAGCUCAGCCCCGACCUCUCUCAGAAGGAGCUGGACGAAGUCACCUCUGUCAUCCUCGAAACGCGCAGGAAGGGCGCCAACCCAGCAAGUGGCAUAGACGGGGUCAUCAUCUCCAACACCACGACGUCGCGCCCACUCUUGCCUGCAACACUUCCCCCCGACUCGCCCGAAUGGUCGACCCUGCGUGAAGCUGGCGGCCUCUCUGGCCCACCGCUGCGUCCACUCGCUCGUAAAGCCUUGCAGCAGGUAGUAGGCCGACUGCGCGACUCUGGCCUGGAGGUGAUCGCUGCAGGCGGUAUCACGACGCCAGAAGACGUACUCCAAGCCACGCUCGACGAUGGUGCUACGGCAGUGCAGUGCUACACGGCCUUUGGGUGGCAAGGAGUUGGGAUGGUCAGCAGGUGGAAGGAAGAGCUGCGGCGCUUGCUCUCAUCUAGGGAUGCGAGAGAGAAGCAGGUAGGAGGCCGAAAGGCACCGCCUGCCGUCGCUAUAGUUGAAGAGCCGUCGGCGAGCAAUACUUGGCGCACUCUCAGUCGUAGCACGGCCCUCUCCCUCUCCCAGCGUGAGGCGGCGCGUAAGCAGGCUGACGAAGAGGCGCUUCGUCGUGGUGUUAGAGGGGAAUUGAGGGACUUGCAGCGCCAGAUGGGCGGGGACGGUGAUGUGAACCGAACGAGGGAAGACGGAGUGUGGUGGCCGGCAGAGACCGACGAGCCCUACACUAAUCUGCUCAGGAGUGCACGAGAGGCUCUUGGCCUGCCCAGCCCGGCCUUGGCUGCUAAGAAGGCAAGCAAGGGCCCAGAUGGGUCGGGCGACGUGGUUCCCCCUGCUAUGGUGCUUGGUGGGUCCACGAGUGCAGGAGCGGGUGGGGCGCCGGUUGAGGACAAGGGGUCGAAGGAGGAGAGGGGCGUGCAGGUGGUGGGAGUUGUGGGCGAGGAGUACGUGCAGGGACCGAGUAAGGCGGGUGAUGCGAAGAAGGGAGACAAGGGACAGUCCUGGAUGGAGUGGGCUGGGGUCGACAAGGGGAGGCGAGUUUGAGCGCGAGCGCGGCGAAGGAGACGGGAGAUUCCUGCAGCCAAUCGUAGAGACAAUGGAAACGAUAGCAUAGCCUUUUGCAGACGACC